AUGUCAGUUGUGUCUCAAGUGACUGAUCCUGCUGCCAGGUUAAAGUUACUGUGUGAUUAUGGUUCACAAGUUGAGGUGGAUUAUUCUCUACCAACUAAACUCUACUACAGAUCUGGGAGGGAGUUGAUUAGAAUGGCCACAGUGUAUCUGGAUGAAGCAAAUUUAGAAAGUGCUUUUAUUCUUUAUUCUAAGUAUAUUACACUUUUUGUAGAAAGACUUCCAAGUCACCCAGAGUAUAAAUCUGUUCACCCUACAGAACUAGCAGAAAUCAAAAAGGUAAAUUAA